AUGCAACGAUUAAAAUUUGAAUAUGAAUUAUAUCAAGUACUAGAUAAGACUUGGGGUGCUAGGGAUCCUUUAACUAAUGAAUGGAAUGGUCUUAUGGCUGAGCUUGUCAAACAUCGUGCUGAUUUAACACUGACAUCGUUAAAAGUAACAACAGAACGCAAUAAUGCCGUUGAUUUUAGUGUGCCAUUGAUGGAAACAGGAAUUGCAAUCAUUGUUACCAUGCGGCCAGGGGAAAUUUCAACAACUGCCUUUUUAAAACCAUACGAUUAUGGAAUUUGGAUACUUACCUUAGUACUUUCAUUACAUGGUGUGGCAAUUUCAAUUUAUUCUUUUGAAUAUUUUCAGAAAACCUUUGCAAAUAUUCGAAAAGCUCCUGCUAAAGUUAUCUAUCCAAAAUGUUUUACAUCCAAAUUUAUGAGUACAGACGAGGUAGUAAAAACAAAUCACAAACAAAUUCAUUCGUACAUGAGACAAUUUAUGCAACGAAAUAUAUCUGAUGGAAUAAAAGCUCUAAAAGCAGGACGCUUAAAUGCAUUUUUGUACGAUGCUGUUGUUCUCGAUUAUUAUAGUGGACAAGAUGAUGAGUGCAAAUUGCGUGUGGUUGGUAACUGGUAUGCUAUGACUGGUUACGGUAUCGGCUUUCCAAAGCAGUCAAAAUUCAAAGCUAUGAUCGAUAAAGAAAUAAUUGCAUUACACCAUUCAGGCGAGAUUGAAAGAUUACGACGAUUCUGGUUUACUGGUGCAUGUAGAACAAAUUCUGAGGGUCAUUCUCAGCUCAGUAGUAGUCAGAAAUUGGGUGCACUUGAUUUUAUAUCAGCAUUUUUUUUACUAUUUGCUGGUACUGGAUUAGCAACAAUUAUUUUGUUGUGGGAAUAUAUCGUUCAGAGUUUGGGAAGAGCGUUUUCGGAGUAUCAGCCAAUAUCAAACACGAAAAUGACCAAUAACUAUCGUUCAUUAAGUUCGAAAAAACGUGAAAACUUUUUAUUAACAAAAAUUUCUAUACUAGAAGAACGAAUAAAAGAAUUAGAAAACACGCAACUUCAAGAUCUAACGGCAAAUUGUAUUCAAACACCCUCAAAUGUCAGACUAAAACCCAAACUUGAAACUGAAAAUGAUGGAAAUCAACUUUUAUUCGAAAAUUCACUCAUUGAUUCGUCUCAAAAUAUAACUGCUAACAAUAAUAAUAAAAUUCAAUCUACAAAUAUGUAUGUCGUACUACCGCUUCUCUACACAGAUGACACAUCGACACAUUUUGAAACUGUAAAAACAUCUGAGCAAAUGUCUACUCCUAAGAAUAAUAGAGUAAGAUCAACAUCAAGAAUUUGUUUAAACGACCUAUCGCAACAUAGAACUCAAAACGAAUCGAUCAAUACAAAUAACACUGAACCUACGAGACACGAAAUAACAAUGUACGAAAGUGUUGUAUAA